GGUAUCUUGGUUAGAGCAUUUGUUGAACAAAAUCUGUGUGGAAGGCUGAUGUUGCUUUUCAGGUUAGUUCUUCUCCUUUAAAGUGAAGUAUAAUUAUGCAUGCUUGUGGUCUACGGUUCUGCUUCUUCUUUGUCUCUCUCUUUUUCUUCUUCUUUUUUUUUUUUAUAUCUUUUUUGAAGUUUGAUGUGAUCUAAUAAAUUGAGGUGAGCGUGAUAGGAAUCCUACCCACACUGUACUUGAAAGUGUGUUGACAUUUGUGGAGAACUUUCUUACUAGAGGAAAUGCAGAUCAAAAACAGGUUCUCCUUGACAACCAAGUUUUGCAUCAUCUGAGACUUGUAACUGAUAAUCCUGAGUGGGACAAUGAAUACCUCCUGACUGGACAAGAUAGGGCAGCUGAAGCUUUGGGUAAUUUUGCUCGUCAUUCAAUAAGUUGGAGGGACCUUGUUGUUAAUAAUGGUGCAGACCUGAUCCCUUUAUUUGAAGUUCUACGUUGCCUCCUCACGAAUGCAGUGAACCUGGAGCAAGAAAGCAUGAGAGUUGCUAGAACAAUAGGAUACUUGUGUUUUGGUACUCCAUCCCCACCAUUUGAUAAGCUGAGACCAUCAAUACCGAUCCUCCGGUUUCUUAUUAAUCAAGUGGAGCCUGAUAUAGGAGAAAGAGCACAUCCUGCUAUUAAGCAUGCGUGCUUGAUUAUUGCAUCUCUGGCACGCGGUGGACUUGACCCUAUAAAUGCGCUGAUUGAAGGAAAUAUGUGCCCAAUGCUGGUGAUGCUUUUGGCACAUCCUAACAGUGAGGUGGUGGCAAGUGUGUUGAAGGUUGUUGAGAGCUUCCUUAAGUACGGAACUGCGGAUCAAAUUCAGGUUCUACAUGACAACCAAGUUCUUCAACGUAUUUUAGAAAUUCUGAUCAACCAUAACCACCUACCUCCUUUAGAAGUGAGGAGUGCUUGUCGUGUCAUUGCAAAUAUAGCGACUUACCAGCCAAUUCAAAUCCAGAGCAUGGUUGAUGCAGCUAUCUACCCGUCCAUUAUUCAAAUAUCAAUUAAUCAAGAGGUUGGUGAGACCAAAUACGAGGCUACGUAUGCCAUAUCAGCUGCUGCCAAGAGAGGAUCUCACGAGCAGAUUAGAUAUUUGGUCGAUCAAGGUGCAAUUGAAGCAAUUUCUGGGGGUCUUUUGAGUGGAGGUUAUGGUAGAAGAGCUUCGUGUUUCCAAGGGCUACACAAUAUUCUAAGGGUCGGAGAGGCUCAUAAAGUAGACGGUGUGAAUGUCUACAAACAAAUGGUCAUCGAGAGCGGGGGGCUUGCUAGGAUCAAGAGUCAAAGGGAUGACGCUGAUGUUGGAGAGAUGGCAAGAAGACUGUUGACCUCCUAUUGGACUGGGGAAAGUAUGAUUUGAGUUAAUUUGCAAAAAAAGAUUUGCCUUUUUGUUAAUGCUGCCAAUGUUUUGGAGAGUACUUGAAAACUUACUACUUUCGUAUGUCAGUGGCAUGAGUCACAAGAUACUGAUUUUUUGUGUUGGCGUAGUUUUGGUUUAUGUUAAAGAGUGAUGCUAAACAAUUGCUCAUUGUUUGUAUUGAAUAUUGUUCUGUGUUUGACAGAUUGUUAUUACUU